CCAACUCCUCUCUCUCUCUCUCUUUCCUCUGCUCUUCUUCCUCCUCUCCUGCGUCGCCUCGUCUGGUCCUCUCCGAGCUGGGACCGAUCCACUCCGCAGCCGGUGGCCGGACGCGUCCGGGAAGGAUGGGCCGCGCGUCGGCACGGCGCCCCGAGCAGAUCUGAGAGCAGCGAGAAGCGGAGGCCUUUUUCUGGUUCGGUUUAGCUCCGGGCGGCCGCCGGCGAUGGAGGAGGAGGUGGAGGCGGCGAACAGGGCGGCGGUGGAGAGCUGCCACAGGGUGCUGGCGUUGCUGUCGCAGCAGCAGGACCCCGCGCUGCUAAGGAGCAUAGCUUCAGAGACAGGAGAUGCCUGUGCCAAGUUCAGGAAGGUGGUCUCCCUCCUCGGCAAUGGCGGCGCCGGCGGCGGUGCAGGCGGCGGCCGUGGCGGCGGCGGGCACGCUAGGGGCAGGAUAGCCGGGAGAAGCAGCAAGCCAGCGGCGGUGUUGAGAGAGAAGGGGUUCUUGGAGAGGAGCAGCAGCAGUGCUCAUCUAGGGAUGAUGAUGGCUAGUGCUGCCACUCCAUCUACUAGCUCCGCGCAUUUGCGCAACCGGAUUGGCGGCGGCGCGCCGGAGUCGUCGUCCCGGGGGCUUGAUUUGGUCAGCUCGAGCAGCAAGGGUGGUCAUCAGUUCGAGCCUCCGAAGCUGGUGCAGCCGCUGUCGGUUCAGUUCCAGUUUGGCGCCACUGCACAUAGGUACCCAUUCCAGCAGCAUCAGCAGAAGUUGCAGGCUGAGAUGUUCAAGAGGAGCAACAGUGGGAUCAGCCUCAAGUUUGAUAGCCCCAGCGCGACCGGGACGACGAUGUCGUCGGCGUUCAUGUCGUCGCUUAGCAUGGAUGGCAGCGUGGCUAGCCUGGAGGGGAAGCCGCCGUUCCAUUUGAUCGGCGGCCCCGUCGCGAGCGACCCGGUGAAUGCUCACCACGCACCCAAACGGCGGUGCACUGGGAGAGGGGAGGAUGGAAGUGGCAAGUGUGCCACAACGGGAAGGUGCCAUUGCUCAAAGAGGAGGAAGUUGCGAAUUAAGAGGUCAAUUAAAGUGCCUGCCAUUAGCAACAAAAUAGCAGACAUACCUCCAGAUGAAUAUUCAUGGCGUAAGUAUGGGCAGAAGCCGAUUAAGGGCUCCCCUCAUCCGAGGGGUUACUACAAAUGUAGCAGCGUCAGGGGCUGCCCAGCGAGGAAGCACGUCGAGCGGUGCGUAGAUGACCCGGCGAUGCUCAUUGUGACAUACGAAGGCGAGCAUAACCAUACUCGGCUGCCAACACAGUCAGCCCAGACCUAGGGAACCCGUAGUAUUUCGCGCAAAUCCAUUCUGGAAAAUGCAGAUGCUCCAAGCUUUUUCUGGGGGAUGAUCGAACCAGCCAUGUGAAAGUAGGUCGGCAAACUGUGAAAGUAGGAGUAACAAACAGCGGAGCCAUUUGAUGAGAGCCUGGUCAUUUGCUUGGGCCCUUACUGAACUGCUACAAGCCAUUGCUGCUAUGGGUGGUCUCAAUAUCUACUGUCCAAAGUGGGGACAUACAAGUUGUUGUUCUCUCUUUGAUGAGCUGUGGCACAUCAGAUUAAGAGAGGAUGGAGGAAGAACAUGUGAUUGGACAGUGACCUGCGAGAUUUGCUCAAAGAAGGGGGAUUAGGUUUGAAGAAUUCGAAGGGAAGAUUUGACAAAAGGAAGUGAACAACUGAACAGUGUGUAAGCCUGGAAAAGGAUAAGCAGGAUUUGGCUUUUAGCUUGCACAAGUUUACUUGCAAUGACUUGCCUCUGUAUGUUGCUUUUGCUUUAUUGAAAGAUCAAAUUUCUUUUGGCAGAAGAAUCAUUCCAGCAUUAAAGGUGCUUCUUGCUAACAUACUGACACACUUGGACCAUUAGGUUUUUUUUUUCCAGGUGUUAGUUGUUGGGUAUGAUUUCUCAGUCGUACUGCUGCUUUUGUGUAAAGCAUUCCAUGUUAAUGACUUUGACAUCAUCUGCUAUCCUUGGGUUCUUUAAAA